AUGGGUCCCGGCCGCUUCGUGGACUCCCAGGGGCUCUUCUCCGCACCGGAGUUUGCCUCGGCCGUGGCAUGGUCCGAGGACAACGUGCUGGCCUGCGCCCAGGGCUCCAGCGUGAGCCUGCUGCACCCAGGGGCCCUGGACGGCCCCCGCGCCUACACCUCCCCCAUCCAGCCAGGGGAGUGGUCCCUGGACCAGGGGCCGCAUGCCCCCCCGGGCACCCUGGCCCAGGACCUGGCGGCCAUCCGCGCACAGGCCUAUGCCUCGCAAUGGCCCGCCCUGGCGCGGAGCCCCAGCGUGCGCAGCGUGGCGUGGUCGGGUAGGGGUCUGGCACCGCAGGGCGGCUGCGCACUCUGCGUCGUCACCUGCGACCACCAGGUCAAGGUGUUCUUCCCACCCGUACACCAUACCAGCGAGUGGAGUGACUGCAGGGACCUGACCGGCGACAUCGUGGAGGCCUCGCAGCGGGUGGCCCCCGACACGGAGCAGGAGUGGCGCCCUCUGCAGGGGGGUCUUGUGGACUCUCAGUCCGCGCCAGGCCAGCGUUCUGCAGCACACGGGGGUGGCCCCCCAGCAGCGGGGAACUCGCCGGGGGCCGGCGACCAGGAGGUCGAGGUGCUGCGCUUGAGGGGCGGGGCUAGGCCCGAGGCCGGCACAGACCCGAGUCCGGACGCAAAACCCGGCGUGCCUGCCGCCAAGCGGCCUCGCAAGGCGCCCCACCCCUCCAGGGCCGCCGGCAGCGACGAGGGCGCGGCCGGCGCCAAAUCGCCGGAGAGCAGGACCGCCGGGGCGGCGCAGGGACCCUCUCGAGGCGGCCCACUCGUGCCGCCAUCGGCGGCGAGCGCGGCGCUGCUGGCCGCCGCAGCGGCGGCCGCGCCAGGCCUGCCGGCCAAGGAGGCCCGGGCCGCGCUGCUGGACGCGGCCGUGCGCGCUUUCCUCGCCCAGCGCGGCGAGCUCCCUGCGCCCGAGCGGCCGCGGUACCCCACCCCUUCCUCCCACCUCAAGGGCGCCGACCUGGGGCUGCUCAACGGCCUGCCGGCCGUGAAUGUGAGCUCCGGCGUCCUGGCGGCGCGCCGCUCCAUCAUCGUGGCCGCCGUGCGGCGCUUCCUUGCCCUGCGUAAAGAGCUGCCCGCGUCGCAGCGACCCUCCUACGCCUCGAGGCGGGAGCACCUGAGGGCCGCCGACGUGCGGCUCGCCGGCCGAGUCACCGCCGAGUUUGCGACCGCCUUCCCGCGCCUGCUGCAGCAGCUGGGCUACGACGCCGGGCUCUUCGCCUCCGUGUGGCUCAACCGCCUGCGCCGGGGGUGGGACAGAGUGGAUGGGACGCUGGAGGCGGGGCUGGGAGUGCUGGAGGGGCCCGUGCCCGGCGGCGGCGCCAAGAGUCCUGCCAGCGAGGGCGCUUGGGCGGGGGAGGGGCCCGCGCUGGCAAUGCGCGACGCCGGCUGGGACUGGCUGGCCGUGGGCGCGCGCGGCGGCCGGGUGUGGCUCUGGAAAGCGCGGCCGUCGGAGCGUGGGCCGAGCCUGGACGCCACCGCAGCCGCUUGCCCAGGCGAGGCCGGCGCCUCGCUGCGCCUCGUCCGCGGCCUGGCCCUCGGCGCCUCCUGGGUCACGGCACUGGCCUUCCUGCCGCGCGGCGGGGAGGGGGCCCAUGGCGCGGCGGGACCCGGGUCAUCGCAGACCCUGGCGGCGGGCAUGUCAUGCGGGCGCGUGAGGCUGCUGACCCUGGACGGCGACGGCGGCCUGCUUGCGCAGCGCUGCGUCCUGCCCCCCGACCUGAGCCCCGUCACCUGCCUGGCCGCGGCGGCCGGCUGCGUCGCGGCCGGCAAGGCCGAUGGGAGGCUGCACGUGUGGGCAGCGCCGCUCAGGGAAGCGGUCGCGUGUGGGAGCCAGGGCGCCGUGCAGGGGCCUGGGGACGAUGCUGUUGAGGACCUGCGAGCGAGCACAGUGCGCGACACCGUAGGCUGCCCCGCAGCCGCGCAUGGGCACCGCCUGGCGACGGGGGUUGCGUGGGGCCAUCGAGGGAUGGACCCCGGCGCCCUGCCCCUCCUGGUCUCCGCCGGGCUGGGCGGGGAGCUGUGCGCCUGGAGGGUGGAGCGAGGAGUCCACGAGUUGACCCUGGCCCCAGCCCCCGCCCCCUCACCCGCCGGCAGGGCCAAGGAUGCGGGGCAGCUCCAGGUGCACCAGAGGGUGGUCCAGUCGGUGGUGCGGCUGUAUUGCCUCCCCGACCCCGACCAGCGGGGCCUGCAGCAGGCAGCGCGGGCCUGGGUGGCUCAGGGCGCGGGCGCUGGAGGCGUCACGCCCUUGCCCUCCGCCCUCUGGGACGUGCUGUGCGCGCUGCGUCAGCCCACCGAGACCGAUGGCGAGGACCCCCCGGCGCGCCUGCUGAGCUGGCUGGAGCCUGGCGCCGGGGCGGCUGCCAUGGAGCUGGACCUCCUGCUCAGGCGCGCGCGCGGGACGCUGACGGCCGCGCUGGCGGGCGAUGGGAGGGGCGCGACACCCAACUGCCCUGUCGAAGAUGAGGCCACUGAGGCGGUGCUGGGCCGGGUGGCGGCGUGGGUGCUGGCCAGCGCUGGCGAGAGCGGAGUCGACGAGGAGCUGCUGGGCCUGGCCGCGGCGGUCCCACAGCGCAACGAGCUCGACGCAUCCGCGCCCCUGGCGGGAGGGAUGGAGGGGGCCACCACCGCCCUCAAGACGCUCAAGGACGGGAGCACAGUCGUCGUCGCGCGCUGCCCCCUCACGCUGCUGCCGCUGGAAACCUCCAGGACGUGGCAGUGCUGCGUGUGCGAACGACGCUACGCGCGCUGGGAGGCCUCUGGGUGCGUGCUCUGCGCGGGGGCGCUGGGGCCGCUCCGGGGGAGCCUCUGCCUGAACGUCCCCUGCCUCUAA